CCCUCCCCCGACCCGCACCAAACCCGCGCCGCCACGCCAUCCGGCCCCAAGUCGCCGCUCCGAGUCCACCCCCGGUCUCCCCGUCCCCUCCUCCUCCUCCUCGCGGCCCGCGGCUCGGCCGGGCGGCGGGUCCAUGGCGGAGGGGGGCGAGCGGGGGCGGUCGUGGUACCUCAGCAAGGAGGAGAUCGAGCAAGGGUCGCCGUCGAGGAAGGACGGCAUGCCCGCCGCCAGGGAGGCCCAUCUCCGGUCCAUCUACUCCAGCUACAUCCGCGACGUCGGCCGCAGGCUCGGGGUGCCCGACAUCACAAUCGCGACGGGCAUCGUGCUGUGCCACCGCUUCUAUCUCCACCAGUCCCUGCUCAAGAACGAGUGGCAGACUGUUGCAACUGCUUGCAUCUUUCUUGCUUCGAAGAUUGAAGACACUCCUUGCCAAUUAGGACGUGUUGUUACUGUGGCACAUGAAACAAUGUAUAAGAGAAAACCUGAUGCUGCUCGCAGAAUCAAACAGAAGGAGGUCCUUGAGAAGCGGAAGGACCUAAUUUUGAUGGGGGAGGCACUAUUGCUUUCAACCAUCAGGUUUGAUUUCAAUAUACAGCAUCCUUAUGAGCCACUAAAUCUCGCUCUCAAGAAUCUGGGGAUCUCCCAGAAGGAAGUGAAACAAGCUGCAAUAAAUCUCAUAAAUGAUACGCUUCGGACUACUUUGGUAGUGCAAUUUAAACCACACUACAUAGCUGCUGGAGCUCUCCAUAUUGCCGCCAAGUUUCAUGAUGUUACACUCCCUUCUGAACAAGGAAAAGUAUGGUGGCAUCAAUUCGAUGUUGCUCCAAAGCAGUUGCAAGCUGCUAUCCAGCAAAUGAAACAGGUCUUUAAUGAAAGAAACCAACGCCCCGCAGGUCCUGCUAUCGGGCCCAUUCAAGCUCCAGCUCCGGUGGAGAAACAGCAGGCAGUAAGAUUCCCGAAGCCAGCUCUGGUGGCAAAACAGCAGACAUUAAGCUUGCCAAAGCCAGCUCCGGUGGCAAAACAGCAGACACUAAGCUUACUGAAGCCAGCUCCAGUGGAGGAACAGCAGGCUGUAAGCUUCCUGAAGCCAGCUCCAUUGGCAAAACAGCAGAUAGUAAGCUCCCAGAAGCCUGCUCCGGUGGAGGAACAUCAGACAGUAAGGUCCCCAAAGCCUGCUCCAUUGGAGGAACAGCAGACAGUAAGCUCCCUGAAGCCAGCUCUGGUGGAGGAACGGCAGACAGUAAGCUUCCUGAAGCCUGCUCCAUUGGAGGAACAGCAGACAGUAAGCUUCCCGAAGCCUGCUCCGGUGGAGAAACAGCAGACAGUAAGCUCCCUGAAGCCUGCUCCGGCGGAGAAACAGCAGACAGUAAACUCCCCGAAGCCUGCUCCGGUGGAGAAACAGCAGAUUAUAAGCUUCCCAAUGCCUGUUCUGAAGUAUACAUAUUCAAGGAGAGGCCUAAGAAACACUACAGCUCCAACUGUAACUCCGACUCCAACUCUGGUGAAGAAACAGCAGAAAAUAAGCACCCCAGAUGGCCCUGUUUCGCAUGCCUUCUCUCCAAGGGGAGUCCUAAAUGGACCCACUUCAGCUCCAACUAUAACUCCAAACCCGAUGAAGAAACAGCAGGCAUUAAGCACCCUAGACUCUGUUCAGAGGCAAGCACACCCUUCAGUUGGAGGAGUUAAGCGCACUAGAUCUCCAGCUCAAGAUAGAACCCUGGUGAAGAAACAGAAGAUAAUAAGCGCCCCAAACUCUGUUGUGAGGCAUGCACGCCCUUCAGUUGUGGUAGUGAGGCCCACUGGAUCUCCAGCUCGAGCUAGAACCCCGGUGAAGAAAUCACAGAUAAUAAGCGCCCAAGACUCUGUUCCGAGGCAUACUCGCCCUUCAGUCGGCGGCGAAAGAAGGCCCAGUACAGCUCCAGCUCCAACUCCUGCUAGUGCUCUGGCGAGGAAACACCCAACAAUAAGCACCCCAGACUCUGUUCUGAGGCAUACAGAUCCUUCAAGGAAUGAAGACAGCAAGCCACUGCGAAUGCAUGUGGAUCAUAGCUUGAGUAGAACUGCCAAAGAUGGUAGGCUGGAGAAGCCAUCUUUCCAGGCAGCUCUAAACGCCAAUCAUGGCCACCAUGUCGGCAGCGGACCUAAAGAUGUAAAUAUGACAAGGGUCCCAAACUUGGUCGGACAGAAGAGAAGGAUCCAGGAGGCUGCUGGACAGCCUCCUGCUCCGGCUGAUAGAUGUGCUGGAGAUGCUUCGAGGAGGCCGCAGCUUCCAAGUUUGAUCGUCGCCCCACCGUCCUGGAAGAAACAGAAGAUCGAUGUUUAAGUUACUUGUUCUGUAAAGACCCAUUGGUACUGCUAUUAAAGACAAUGGUUUGCCUGUAGAGAACUAGAGAUGUUGUGUUAUUGUGGAAAGUGAACAGUGAUUAAGUUAUGAUACCAUGUGAAUUGCGGUUGUGAGCUCCAGGGAGGAAUAGAGAUGAAAGCAAGCUGCGGCAGAAUGUUUGCCGCCAA